CUAAAACUGAAAAAAAAUCUGUGAUCUGUGUUAAAUUUAAAAAAAAUCGGUGAAAAAUAACAAAAUUUUCAAAAACCUGUGAAACUGUGAAAUUUUAGUCAAAAUUCCAGAAACCUGUCAUCUGUAAACAAGAAUCUGUCAUCAAAAAUUUAAAAAAAGCAACCGCAUUACAAAAAAAAAACUGUGAAUAUGGUAACCCUGGUGCACGAUAGAAGAAUGUCAAGUGAGCACUGCGAAUCGAAUCCAGUGUUUAGUGCUACAAACAAUAACUUAGUUUGAAAUGGAAUCAAAAGGCGUUGAAAGUUUCUGGGCCGUGGUGAAUUUAGCAAGAACUUUGAGGCGUGAAUAUAUGUUUAUAGCUAAUGAACAAACAAACGUUCUUAACUUACAUGAAACAUAUGAGCGAAAUAUGUGCAAAACUCUACAGAUUGCUUGGAUUUGUGCGAAUCGACGACAAAUAAUAAAUAAUCUCAUCACAGCGAAUCCAGAAUUUGGACCGUCAUUAUCAUGCCAACAAACGAAUAAGUUGGAAAACGUACAAUUCUUAGAUGUUCGUCAAAGUAACACUAUCAAAUACCUUGAUACGUCGAACAUCACUGAUUUUAUAGUAUUUUUACACGAUUCACCGCAUAUUUUAGCGCAUUGUAUAUCAUUAGCGGAGUCCCGGGAUACUCCAGUAAGCCAGAUAGAUAUUGUCAUAGGAUUCAUUGUGAACGGAUUGUAUGGAAGCGCAAUUCAUUCAAGAGAUGCAAAGAUGAUAAUCAAGUUACUUCAAGUACUAAUUGAAACACAAAUCGUUGUAAGCGACAAUCCUCGAAGACUGCUAUGUGCAGGGUCAUCUGCGUUCACUCGGUUGUUUCAAAGGUACCACGAAACUUCAUUUGCAGCAAAAUUAUUUUUGAAAACUGUUUUGUUUGAACCAAUCAUGACUGUUCUUAUGCAAGACGAAUGGAAGCUAGAAAUAGAUCCACAAAAAAUUAUUUAUGCACAAAGUACAAUAGAAAAUGUAAAUUUUUUUGGAGAAGAAGCAUCCAGCGAAUACUUAGAUAACUUGCAAAGUCAUAAACAAAAAAUGAUAGAUCGGUUAUUCUCACACGUAUCACGAUUUUUAAAAUCGUUAAGCGAAAACUGGUGUCUGCUGCCAUCAACGAUACGCUGGAUGUUACAAUCCAUAUACCAUUUUCUAACGCGAGCUAAAAUAUCAAAAAAAGAGGUCAAUAUAAUUCUUACUGAUAUGAUAUUUACGAAUUUCAUUUGCCCAGCGAUGGUGAAUCCCAAUAUAUACGGAAUAAUCGAUGCUGCAAUAUCUGAUAAUACUCGUUAUAACCUUAUGUUAAUUGGACAUAUUCUUCAAACAUUAGCGUUGAAUGAUUACCACUCCGUAGAAGAUCAACUGCAGGGCUUUUUACGAAAGUUUGAUAGGAAUUGUAUUAGUAAUUUAAUGAAUCAACUUCUGCAAGGAGAAUUCUCUGGAAGUUGUGAAUACAGAGCAACGAUAGAUCACCACAUCACAAAUAAAGUAGUGCUAGCAACCAUUAAUGAGCUGGCAUCUAUUACUGAUCUUCUUGCAACUGCACUUGAACUAGAUACUUUGGAAAUAAAGUCAGAAGAAAGACGAAAAAUUAUGCUAAUGUUGGAACAGUUACCUGAUUUUACAGAAUCAAUUUCAGGAAAUGUGAAUUUUUCAACUGAUUCAAUUUCUCCGAAAACCGAUGAAAAAUCUAAAAGCAAGCUCAGAGAGCGUAUGCAGAGGACUAGAACUAUAAGCAAUCAUCCGCUCCAAAAUAACAAUCAAAAUGAUUUUGAAACUGUAUUUAUGAUCCCAUUGACUUCAACUGAAAAUGGAAAGAUAUUAACCGAAGAAGAGUUACUAAACAACAUAUCUAUUGAAAUUUCAGAUAAAGACAUAAGCCAACCUUAUAUUGAGCAAAAAAGUACCCAAAAUAAUUCAAGAAAAUUAACCAUCGAUAAACGUAAAUCUUUUUCACUACCUCAUGACGAUGCGUCAGGCAACACGUCCGAUAAUUUAGAGGCAGUUAGUGAAGCUCAUAGCAAUCAUUCAGUAGCUAGCUCAUUAGAGUUGGAAGAAGCGGAUCAAAAUGAUAAUGACAAUUUAUCGGAUAUGAUAUCAGCCAACGUAUCUGGAAGAGGAACGCCAAACAUUUCUGGGCGAGAUACUCCAUCAUCGCAAAUAACAGAAGGAGGAGAGGUUCAGCAAUUCGCUAUACCACAGAUGUCGAAAAUAUCAAAUAAAACUCGUUCGGAUAUCGAAGAUAAAUUUUGCAAAUUUGAAAUUAAGAAACUGAUUGAAGGUGAUGAAACAAUUUCAAUUAUUUCGGAUACAUGGAGCACGGAUGUUCUUGCAUCAGAUUCUGAAGCUAUAGAAGCAAGCGAAAGACAUUUCUCAACUCCUCUAAUCCAUACAACUCUCAUACCAGGUGAUCAUAAUUUGAAUCCGUUAGCGAGCUCGUUUGGUCAAUUACGUAUUACUAGUAUUGAUUCAGAAACCCAAUCUGAAUCAGCGUGGAGCACGGAUGCAAUAAUGGAUACGGAAGAUGUUCAAAACCAUACCGCACGUUCUGAAUCCGAUUCAGUGGUUCGAGAGCGCGAAGUGCCAACGAACAAUUUGCUAUAUUUAACAAAAGCUUCGGGCAUACGUUGUACUUCGUCUGAUGCUGUCUUAUUUCAGCAAUAUCAAGUGGAAACUAGCCAGAAUUCAUCUAACCAGCUUGUUACGGCGAGCAACAUUUCAUCAAAUAGUGAAAAUAUACAUAAUGCACGUUGUCUGCAGCCGUCAGCUCGACAAAAUUCAACAGACAGUUAUAACUCUAACAGUGGUUCGGAGAGCAAAGCACGAUUGAGUAGUAGCGAUACCAACGAGAAUAACAUUCAAAUGCAUUGUAUCGAAAAAACGGGCUAUCAAAAAUGCCAUGCAGGUAAAGAUAGAAAUGACAACACUGCCAAAUGCAUUGAUCAUAGAAAAUUGGAAGAUUUAAUGGGUAGGAUUAGACCUUGUAAUAGAACUACCGGGAAUCCAUUUGAAAAUUCGGCUGAAUUCGACUUUUCACCAACCAAUAAUAGUAUAAAUAGCUAUUCAAGCAACAGUUCAACUCACCAGAGUAACACGGAUCAUCUUACUAACGUCGACGAUGAAAUAACCGUGGAACAUCGAAGACUGUCUUCGGAACAACGCAAUGCGAAAUUCGAUUCUAGGCGCAAUGGAAUGAUUGAUGUAGGUAAUUUCUCCAAUUCAUUCAGUUUUACUGAUGAUUAUUUGAAUAGAGAAACGCAAUUAAUGUCAUCCAAUAAUAUAAUGGACCAACCGACGAAUCCAAUAAGUACUGGCACUUCGAUGGUGAGUACAGUUAGUAUUUCAAUAGGGGAAGUGCGUCUACGAAGUUAUCAUAGAAAGCAAUUUUUUUAAUAUCAUUCGGGUAACACAGUUUUUUUUAAGUGGCAAUUCAUUAAUUGUGUAUCGCAUUGAAGGA